AUUUUAGAGUGGCAGAAAGUUAAGUUUCUCAACGACACGGUGCAGCAGCAGCAGCAGCAGAGAGACCGGUUCGCUUUCGCGUCGGCGAAAUGGAUCGCCACCUUCCUCAUCCGCUUCCUGCUUUGAUCCGGUCGCGACCAACGACCUAAGCACGCGACAACCAGCAGAAGAGCUCCUCGUCCUCCUCCCCUCCCUCGACCUCUUCUUCUUCGAUCGAUCGGCUGCGCGCAGGAGAGGUUUUCUUGGAGAGGCGAGAGAGAAAGAUGGACGAAAUCAUGAACAAGCUCGGCGGCUACUGGCUCGGGCAGAGGGCCAACAAAGAGAUCUCCUCCGCCGGCGACGACAUCGAUUCGCUGUCGACGAGCGUCGGCGAGGGAGCCAAGUGGCUGGUGAACAAGCUCAAGGGGAAGAUGCAGAAGCCGCUGCAGGAGCUGCUCCGGGAGCACGACCUGCCGGAGGGCUUGUUCCCGCGGGAGGCGACCAACUACGACUUCGCGCCGGAGACACGGCGGCUGACGGUGCACAUCCCGGCGCCGUGCGAGGUCGGCUACCGGGACGGCUCCGUGCUGCGGUUCGACAGCACGGUGUCGGCCACGCUGGACAAGGGGAGGCUGGCGGAGGUGGAGGGGCUCAAGACCAAGGUGCUCGUCUGGGCCAGGGUCACCGCCGUCAAGGCCGACGCCGCCAAGGUGCACUUCACCGCCGGCAUCAAGAAGUCGCGCAGCCGUGACGCCUACGAGGUCGUCAGGGGCGGCAUCAUCGUCGAGGAGUUCUAGGUCGAUCGCUUCCCUUGGGGCGAUCAGAUGAUUUGUUUCAGGAAAUAAUGCGUGCUUGCUCGAUCCAGUGUGUUAGAGAGGUCUCUAUGUAAUUUGCCACGAAACAACUUUGUGAUUAUGAAUUAACAGCUGGUACAUACUA